UUCCACCCACCCAUCGAGCAUGUCUGAAGAACCCCAGGGAGGCAUGAGGCAGCCCUCGUCAGCCUCCCAGCCUCCCCUAGGACAUGAUCUCAUACCUGAGAGAUUCACAUACAUUCCAGGGCAAGAGGAAAGCCUCUUAUACCACCAACCCAACAUUCAUCCUCAGCACCACCACCAAUCCACUGUCUCACCCUUCCUCACAGAGGGGGUCUCAAGGCUACCUGGUCCACUUCCUCCUCCACCAGUAAACUUCCAUAACCUUUCUAUACCUCCACCUCAUUACCAUGGUCAUCCACCACCAAUGUUCUCCAGGCCCCCUCCUCCAAUGCCUCCCAAGUUCUCCCAGCCACCCCCAGCUAUGCCUCACAAAGAAAAUAUUCCUUAUGAAGCUGCUCUCCAGGCCCCACCCAUGACAGCUCCUGUGAAAUCAAGUCAGAAUUGGCACCAGCACAACCCUUUGCCCAUCCCCCUGUGCCCCCAAGUCCCUGGCCCUAGCCCCAACACCAGCAAUUACAGUAAGGGCACAGGCAACAUAGGGCAGGAGGAGGAGGUGGAGGACCUAAAGUGGCUGAAGGGAUUUGAGAAGAAAGUCAUGUCCUGCCUGCCACCACCUCCCUCACCACUCACAGAGUCCACCACCACCAGGAUGGAUGUCAAGCUGGCAGAGGUUCAAAGACUGGUGCAGGAAUCCCACUCACUGGUGGAACAGUUGAGUGGCCUUGAGAAGGAGCUAUCUCUUGUUAGCAACACAGCAGAUGAAGACGAGUGGGAGAGACUCGUGAAGCAGGCAGAAGCAGUCAAGGUGAAGCUUAAUCAAACUCUGAAGAACUUUCAAGAUCAAAAGUUUGUUGAGCGCACAAAGACUUUACUGAAGCAGCGAAAGGCGAAGAGGAACAGAGUCAAGCAGAGGAAGAAAGAAAAGAAACUGGAGAAGGAGCACAAGAGGAGGGAGAGGGAAGAAAAAGAGGCCAAAAUAGAUGCUUGGAGGGCAAAGCUUCAGAGAGAAGAGGUGUCUAAGCGGCAGGAAGAGGCAGUGAAACGAGAAGCUGACAGCAUCUUGGGUGAGGUGCGGCAGAAGCAGAAUGAAGCCCAGAGAAUGCUGCAGCUGGUGGAAGCACUGACUGUAUUAAGACAGACUCGGGCCACUAAGGCAGCUGCUCAGGGCCAGCCCAAAGACACGCAGGCAGAGGAACGCUUCACCACCACCACUGGACUGAUUACUGAAGCUGUAAAGAAGCAGCAGAAGGAAUACAAGUUGGAGGAGCAAACCCUCCGUGUGAUGAUGGAGGAGAACGCCUCGCACCGUUCUGCUGCUCUCUCAGUGAAGGGAGAUGCUGCCUUUGCUCGUUUUCAAGAAUCUGUUAGGAAGUUGCUGUUUGGCCCAGCAACCACCCAUGAGGAUGCUGACCUCUCAAAAGAGAUGCUUAUCCAGAGGAGGCAAGAAUGGGACCAGUUUGUGGUUGAUGGGGACUCCCUGUUGGCCUCUGCUGUACCUCUUUCAUGGUUGUUGCCUCCUGCCCAGCCUAACUUGCAAUGGGCAGCCUUCCUGAAGAGGUGAUGGAUGGUUCCUGUAGGAUCAGCCUCAGGGUGAUGCCAGCAGUCCUGUUGAAGAGCUGUGUUGUAGUGGUGGAAGUUAGAUGCAAACACUUUUGAAAGGACAGUGCACACUAAGAGCAGGCACAAGACGGAAAGGGUGAGAAUCACACAUUGACAGUCUAUUAUUGUGUAGCACUGUUGAACAGAAAAGUUAGGCAUUCACUUAUAUUGGCUGCUGUGUAAUAUCAUUCCUGGCUUAUGCUCCAAGGUGCUCCUCGACACAAAUCGCCAAAUUUCAGGAUGGUGGAUGAUCACCUGGACAGCACGUGGAUAGUCUUUGGCUACUCAGGAUGAAAAUUGUCAGCUUGUAAUGAGAGGACUUGAACCCACAACCACUAUCAUGAGUGUUGACCACUCAGCACUGCUUCCACAUACUGCUGUUAGAAAGAACUAAUAUCAUACCUUUGCACAUACUUAUCCAGCUGUACCACACAACAACAAAUUGAUAUGAAAACAUGAGCUAAGGAAUGGAAAACUAUAAUUAUACAAAAUGACAAAAUUUGAUUCUGACAAGUAAAUUUUAGUACCUCCACUUUGAACAUAGUAUUUUUUACCUGAUAUCAGUACUGCUUGGAAUAGUAUGCUGCACAGUAAUUUAUAAACAUACCGUCAAUGCACUAUGAUACAACAUAGUAAAAUAUAUGUAGGUAGAGGCCAGAAUGUUUAGGUUUUUGUACAGUGUCACUCAUGUACUUCACAUCAUAACUCAUUAUAUAAUUAAUGAGCCCUUAUUUAGAUAAGCUAUUACUAUAAACACUUAAAAUAAAGAACAGAUUAAUUCAUAA